UGCACCGCUCUAGACUGAUCGGAUGCAGCAGUCCAGGGGCAACACUUGUGUCUCUUUAAUGGAGGGUUCCUGCACCAGUGUCCUCUGUGAACACCAGUGAAUGCAUGCAGAUUAGUCUCUGGAGGGAGGUGAUGGUCUCUGGAGGACUCUAACAAAGAGAGAACAAGGGGAUUUCUCCAAACAGAUCACAAGUGAAGCUGUGUGUGGAGGAGCUUCUGGUCAGGCCAGAUUGAAUAAACACACACACACACACACACACACACACACGGACAGUGAGGAGACCAUGUGGUGGUUCCAGCAGGGUAUGUGCUUCCUGCCUGCGGCGCUGGUCGUCUGGACGGCGGCGUCCUUUGUCUUCGCUUACAUCACAGCCGUGGUGCUGAAACACGUGGAUCCUCUGGUGCCUUACAUCAGUGACACAGGAACGAUGGCACCAGAGAGGUGUGUGUUCGGCAUCAUGCUGGAUGUGUCCGCUUUUUUAGGUAUGGCCACAGUGUACGUGCGUUACAAACAGGUGGAGGCUCUGAAAGAUGAAGGCGAGCUCAAGCUGAACAGACUGAACCGCUUCGGGCUGGUGCUCGGCUUGAUCAGCUCCUUCGGGAUGGCCGUGGUCGCCAACUUCCAGAAGACCACGAUCUUCUCCAUGCACCUGGUGGGGGCGGUGCUGACCUUCGGGGUCGGGGCUCUCUACAUCCUGGUCCAGACGCUGCUCUCGUUCUACAUGCAGCCUCACGUCCACAGCAGGACCACCUACCUGACCCGGCUCGGCAUCGGACUCAUGACCCUGAGCAGCAUCAUCAGCAUGUUCGUAUCGUCAGUCAUCAUGUACACUAGUCUGCCGGGAGUGGACGUACCUAACAAACUGCACUGGAUCCCUGGAGAGACGGGUUACACGGCUCACAUUAUCAGCACAAUAUCUGAAUGGACUCUGGCCUUCUCCUUCAUCAGCUUCUUCCUCACCUACAUCAGAGAUUUUCAGAAAAUAACCUUGCGAGCAGAAGUAGAUCAGCAGGGCACUCACCUGUACGACACCUGGCCGUCACAUCUCAAACGAGACACCGCCGAGUCGUCUCCACUGCUGGCAGGAGGAACGUGACCGGCUGCACAGAAUCCUCCUGAUUUUAACUUUUUCUAAACUUGUUUAAAGGCUUUUUUAAAAAGACUCUUAAAGCUGGUGGCUCUUAAAGGGCCAGUACACCCCCCAAAAAACAUAUCCUCUCUUUUCUCUAAGUGGCAUCUAUCCAGUCAAAUAGUUUGGAUUGAUUUCUGCCUCCGACCCAAAACAUUGGAGGUUCAUUUAGUAGUUAAUCAUUAAGUAAUAAAAUGUAUAGUUUUUAAAUUUAGUUUUGGGAGCUUGCAGCAUUUUAACAUGACAAUGGUGGACAAAUAACAUCACAACUAUCUGACUGGGGAGACAAAAGAGUGCUGCAGGAAUGAGUCCUAAAACCCAGAAAUGAGUUUAAUUGCUACAUUUCUGGUUCCCUCGUCUCUAAUCGAUCAAUUGGUUGAAUGUUUUUUUUUUUGUUAGAUGCCUAAAAUAAGGUCUGUGGUUAACACAAGCUUAAGAGAUUUUAAUGUAAGUCAGCAGAUUCCCCUCUGGUGAACUUGUGUCUUGCAUUCACGCUUGAAAAAUUAUAAAAGUUGUGUUUAUUUGGUAAGAUUAUCAUGCUGAACAAGCAAUGAGGAACAAAAAAUGAAAGUAUCAAAACUUGUGUUUGCAUAACCUGAAAUCCAUUGCCUCUUUGUGGAGGGAACCAGUGUGAGGCUAACUUCUGGGUUUGCUUACAAAACUACGUCAUCCCUGCUGCACUCUAAACGAGGAGAAUAGAUGGACUAUUUUUGUAUUUUGGGUGAAAUUACCUUUUUAUCCCCAAAUAUGAGGCUUUGCCAUCUUCCUUCAAACUGCAACAGUCUCUCUCUGCGACUUUGUCCACUUCAGCGCUGCACUUUAUGCCACUUAUACUUGCUUUUUAAUUUUCUAAAUACUACUGCUGCCUUUUAACUUUCAGUUAUAAGUUACACCUAUUCCUCCUGAAGCCCACUGGGGGUCAAAUGUUUUUUUAUCAAUGAUUGAUGUUGUAAUCAGAGCACAGAUUAUUGAACUGUAAACAGGGAGAGAAUAUUUGUACAAAUACUGAGUUUCUAGUCUAUUUACAGCGUACAGGAUGGGUUAAUAUCUUCACUAUUUAUCACUCAGUUAUCGGUCCGUGCUUUCUUUUAACAGUACGUUUUCAGUAAAUACUUCUGAUUAUUACAGAAUAACUUCCGGUUGUUGCUGUAAAGGCCAGAUGAAUAUUCCAGAUGCCUUCCUUCAGAAUUCUUUACGUACUGUAGGAACUGAACUGCUGCUUUGCUUUUCUGUAGGUGCUGCUGCUUUGCAGGUUUUACAAAUGCUCUGAUAAUAACUGAAGAGUCAGCGGCCUGAUGAAUACCAGAGUGUGGUAACAGGUGCUGCAGUGUGCCACAGGAGUAAUUAUAUAUUUCAACAGUGGUAAAAUAUUUUUUUUUAAAUCAAUUAAAGGAUAACUUUAUUCAAUUUGUAUUUGAAUAACGCAUAAACAAACUCAAGUCUAAAACUUUAUAAAAACAUUAAUUUCCCAAUUCAUUUUAUUUUAUUAUUGUUCAUUCUGUUUUAAACAAUUAAUUAAUUAUAGCAUUUUAAGGGUUCAAUUUAUUAAUGCUAAUUUAAUUAUAUUCUGUUAAUUUGUCUAUUCAAUAUCACAGUUCAUGUCUACUUCUUUAUAUUUCACUGUUUCUUACCAAAACACAUCAUUGAUGUCUAACAAACGUACUGAGCUCAUUUAUUUCCUUCCUAAAAAUUCACAACUUUUGUUUUUUUCUCAAUAGUUUGAUUUGUGCAUUGUUUACCUAAAUGUUUAUGAGCUAUCGCUCUACUUCCUGACUGCAUUUGUUUAUAAUUUACUGCCACCAACUGAAAACUUUGCUACAAAGCGCUACAAGUUGUCAAACGUAUUUAUUAUUUAGGUGUCACAUGACUAAAAAAAUGGAAACUGUCUCUAAAUUUAUUGUGUUUUUAAACUUAUCAAAUGAUUUAUUAUAGUUUAAAGUCUCUAAUUAUUCUGGUGGCACAGUCCAGACUCUAAGUACCUGCUGUCUAUUAACUAAGAACAUAUCUACAACAUCUAAUCACAUACAAACCUUCAUAUCUUCUAACUCAGAGUUUCUACUGUACAUUCCACUGUUGGUACAUUAUUCAUGUUAAGACUAAUAAAGAUUUAU